AUGAGGAAAAAAGAAAGAUACUUGAUUACAUUUUAUGGAUUCAUCCAACUACUUGCCUCGAAUCCCGAUAACAUUGUGAUUGGACUGGUCCGAGACAUUAAGGCGACACAGGAUCACCUCAAAGCAGAUGGACUUUCGCAUGUGCAUGUUCUGAAAGCAGACAUCACCGAUGGACAAUCUCUACGUCGUGCGGCCGGUGAAACGAGGGAAAUCCUCGGCGAGAGGGGCCUAGACGUAUUGAUUAACAAUGCUGCCUAUGUAAGCGAUGUGACUGCGGUAGUAUCCCUCAGAGACCUCGAACAAGACCCGGCUCGGUUGCUCCAAGACACGCAAAAGAGCUUUGACGUCAAUGUGUUUGGCGUCUACAAGACCAUACAUGCAUUUCUUCCCCUCGUCCAGCAAGGCGAACUUAAAAAGGUUGUCGGAAUCUCAAGCGGCAUGGGCGACAUCGACUUUAUCAAUGCAUACGAUGUAGCUCAAGCCGCUCCAUACGCUCUUAGCAAGGCUGCAAUGAGCACGCUGUUCGCCAAGUUCAACGCUGCCUACCGGCGCCAGGGAAUCCUCUUCAUGACACUCUGUCCCGGCCUAGUAGAUACUGCUGCUACCAAUACCAAUACCUGUGCGGCCCUCUCCCCUUCCUUCUCGCUACGAAGCCCACUGACUAGUACCGCAGUAUCCGACGAGGACCUUGCACGCUUGCAAGACAUCCAGAAGAGAUUCGAGACGGCCGGUCUGAAUACAAUACCAAUGAAGCCGAUCGAGUCAGCACAACGCUGCUUGAAGGCCAUCCACUCGUCCUCAUUGAGCAGCGGGCAUGGUGGCUCUUUUUUAAGCUACAAUGGCACUAAAGAGUGGGCGAAGAAGUUGGAGUGA